UUGAUGUUAACUGUGAGAUGUGUUCCUGUGAUAAAACAUCAGAAAUUUACUAUCUGUGCAUUUUUGCUUCAAGGUAGCUGUUAUGGAGGAAAUCAAAUCUGAGGAGCUGCAAAAUCUGCUCGUAUUCUUUUCUAGGAAUACGUUUAAAGCCAAAGAUUGUGAUCCAGUAGUUCAGGCUGCUAUGCAAAAAUGUAUAGAUUUGGUCUCACUUGACUACACUUAUGUUACAAUACCAAACACAAAUGGCGAAUUUUGUGCUCACUAUCCAAGCCAGUUAAUAAUAAUGGAGAAUGAGAAGAUCAAUCAUUCUCUUAACAAUAGUAAUCCAGAUUCUCCGCCCAAGAAAUCUAAUAAUGGCACUCUUUAUGAGAGCGUUUAUGACAGUUCCAAUCUGAAAGACUUAUUUAUGAAGGCCAGAUCAGCUCGAUGCCGAGCGAGGUUCCCUUUACCCGUAAUACUAUAUAAAGGAAAAAAUGUUUGCCGGUCAUCGACAUUAUCUGGAGGUCCUGAAAUGUAUGGAAGAUCUGGAUAUGAUUAUCUGUUUUGCUGUGAUGAAACAGGACCUGAGAAAUCACAAGCGCAAUCAAACCCCCCUACACCUGGAGAGUGGCAGUUAUUUGACAAAGUCCGUAGCCAAGAUAUUAGGCUAUUAAAAACAUUAAACGUUGGUGCCAUUAUUGAUUUUAUGGUGGAAAAAAAAAAAGUUAAAUUCGGAGUGAAUGUUAGUUCUUCUGAAAAAGUUGAUAAAGAGAACAGAUAUAGUGAUUUUACUAUUAUAUCGCUUCCAUAUCCAGGAUGUGAAUUUUUUAAGGAGUAUCGAGACAAUGACUAUGUUGCUCAAGGACUUGUUUUUGACUGGUCUCAAGGCCAUGUAGAUGCAACUAUUGGAAUUCCUAAUGACAAGAUUACAUCUCAACUGAAAAUAGAUUGGGAAAACUAUAAGAUUUGGGAUUUGAUUACAUUAACGCAAAACUAUUUGCGGUUGGCUUUACAAUACUUAGUUGAAAAACCAGUUGGAACUCUUAUUCAUUGCAUUAGUGGCUGGGAUCGUACUCCGCUGUUUAUUUCACUUUUACGGUUAUCCCUGUGGGCAGAUGGAGCUAUUCACCAAUCUCUUUCUCCUGCACAAAUUUUAUACUUUACAAUAGCAUAUGACUGGAUGUUAUUUGGACAUAAUUUAGCUGACCGUCUAAGUAAAGGAGAAGAGAUCUUCUUUUUCUGUUUCUAUUUCUUGAAGUAUAUCAUCGGUGAAGAAUUUAGUGUGAACAGAUAUUUGCCUACAAAUGGACAAACAAAACCAAAAAAUGGAUCUGUCAAGCGCUCUGAUUCAGAAAUACAGCUUGAGGGACUCCUUUUAGAACCUGAUGCACCUGUAAGUUCACAAGAAUCAAAUGUUAGCCUAAAUUCUUCAUGGAGUUCUAUUAGUAGCAAAUGUCAGGAGGCUCCACCUGUUUAUUUUCAUCCAGACGAAUUAAGUUUAUCUACCUCCAAUGUCUCCACCAUUAGUAAUAUGAGCUAUUGUGAUAACCUGAAAGCUGAUUCUCUACAUUCUACUGCUUCGACUGAACAUUCUGAUAAUUCAUCGCCUAAUAGUCAAACUUUUAUGAAUGGGAACUUUGACAGUAGCAUUGAAACCUCAUCAUCUUCAAGCAGUGACCAAAGAAGUUCUAAUUCGAGUCAGGAUAUGAAGACAAGUAAUUCUUAUUCCAGAAGUGUGGGAAGUAGAACCAGUCCAGUUGCUGUCCCAACCAAAACUGCAAAUGUUCGAACCAGGAAUGAAUCGACUAGUUCUUUAAGCACUGGCAGCUGGCAAUUUGUUACUGGAACUGGUAGUUUUAGGGGAUCUGGUUCUAAUUCUUCUUGUGGGUAUCAUAUGAAUUCUAAUCAUCCCUCCAGGACUAAUAUGAAUGAUAACUGUGGAUUAGCUGAUUCAACAACAACCAUAAUUGAAGAUGACAGUUUUAUUUACAAAAUUCCUCAAGACUCACUUAUACAGAGACGAGACAGGCUUUCAUCGGUUCGUAGUCUUUUUUACAACUGUUACUGCUCUACAGUUGGAUUUAAAUUUAAGGAUGGAUCUGAAAGCAGUAGUAUAGGUAUUUUACUGGGUAAUUUUGCCGAAAGAGUGGGGAUUAUAUCUACUACAAGAAAUACAGUUUGACAACUGCCAUAUUUAGUAAACUUAGAGGGCAUAUUAUUAUAUGACCAUGAGAAAAAGUAUUUUUGUAUAUUAAUAUAGUUAAGGUUAAGAUGACUGCUCUUUAGUUCUUUACAUGCAAAGGUUCCUUGUGUUAUUUUUAGAUAUAGAACUCAUUUUAUGACGUUAUGUUAAAUCAUUGAAAAAUAUUGUGGACUUCUAAUAAUAUUUUGUAAAAUAUUAUUUUAAUUUAAUCACUUCAUAUUCUUGAAGGAAUGUGUAUUAGUGUCAGAUGUACUUAAAACUUUUAACUGACUCAUGUUUUAAAUGUAUGAUUCAUAUUUUAAUUGUGUGAUUGAAGGUUAUGUAUAUUGAUGGAAUUCAUUCUGAAUAAAUUUCAAUGUACAUAAUUGCAGUUAUUUCACUGCUAAUUAAUUUUUAAUGAUUGCUUUACAUUAUGUGUAAAGCUUCAAUGUAUUAGUCUUUCAUGUAAAGUUAUUAAAAACAAGUUUAUGUUUAUACUACAUCUUUGUGCGGGGUAUGUAUACAUUAUAUAUCUAUAUAUAUAUAUAUAU